UUUAAGAGCGUAGAAAGAGCAGAAAGUGCACUGGGACAAAUGCAUGGAGUGAAAUGUAUGAUGAUUAGGACAGAACCAUCAUGGAGGAAUAUACACCUUCAAGGACUCUUCAAGCAACUUAUAAAUUGUGUAUUAUUAAUAGUGCCUCAUCUCAUCUCAAAUGCUGCUGAAGGGUUAGGCUAUGAAUGAACCUCACAUGAGUGUGUCUGGAGGGUUUUCCCAAAAUGUUGACCCAGAAUGUCACGUCGUGUUGACGAGUGGAAAUAAUUCUCAGCUAAAUACGUCAUGUUCCCAUGUGUGUCAGAGGAAAUGAAUUCCUGUUAAUCUUGAUGUUUUCAUUCUUGCCGUUUCUAGUUGCAAAACUCGUUCAUUACACUUAUUUGCCUCAGAUGUCUCUGUCUGAUCCACCUGAUAUCAUACCUGUGCCAAAGCCACGAUCAAGAUAUUUAAUCGGAGUAGGUGUAGGACAGCCGUCAUCUAAAGAAAGAAAUGGUGUUGGUCAGUCUCCUUGUCCAGAUGUUAAAGCUGAUACACAGACAAAAUCUAAAGUAGAAACCGAUAUCAAACAUGAGGUUAGCGUGGAUGCUUCAUUUAGACUGCGGCGUUCCAUCUCUUCACCCCCUGAUCCUCAAGAUGUUAAAACCAGCUGCAGCGAAACGGUUCGAUCACCAAGACCGCUCUCCAUGUAUAUCAGUUCAUCUCCAGAUGCAGAAAGAACUGCUGAUUCAGUCUUUUUUGAUGAUUGCCCUAUGACUCCAGACUCGCUCAGUAAUGAUCACCACGAUUCAGACAAAGCAAGUUUCAUAGAUCAGGCGAUUGAUGUUCAGACAGAAGUUCGCACCAAUGGAGAGAUCCAUCAAGUUCCCAAAUCACAGAAGCCUCCGAACAAACCUAACAAACCCAAUAAACCACGGGCUGCAACUAUUCGCGUGAGCAGGAAGAAGCAGACGUUAACAGGGCCGCGGCAGAAAUCCAACGCGUCUCACAGUGAGUGUGCGGUGGCACAAUCCAGCUGGCUGGACGUAUGGAAAGGACGCAAGCACAAUGUUCUAUGGGUCACUCUUGAUGGACAUCUCAUGUCAAUGUGGAAAAAGCGCACAGACAAGUUCACAGAAUAUGUGUUUCACGUUGCAAGCAUCACCAGCAUACGUGAGCAGGAUCAAGGACGCUUCUCCAUCUAUUUACAGAAGAAGCACUUUGAAUUCAUGGCUCACAGUGAUGCUGUGCGGGAGGGCUGGUUGAAUUCUCUCUACGCCACUCGUGGGAGGGAACCCAUCACUCCACCCAAACAACACGGAUCGCUGAUCAUGAAAGACCCUCGGAAAAAGGUGUACACUGCUAUCCGUGGACACUACCUGUGGAUUUACAGCAGCAAAGAGGACUUCAAUAUAGGCCUUGGCAUGAUGUGCGUGUCUAUGAAUAUAGCGUCUGUGAAAGCGACAGGGCGUCACAGCUUCAGUCUCAUUACUCCAUACAGGACCUUCAAUUUCUCUGCAGACUCUGCUAAGGAGUUGGGCGUGUGGCUGGAGAGUCUGAAUGAAGUGAUCCGCAGCGCUCUGUCCUACAGCGAGGUGGCACUUCGACUCUGGUCGAGUCCCUGUAAUAAAGUUUGUGCCGACUGUGGCGCUGCCAACCCGGAGUGGGCGUCAGUGAACCUGCUGGUGGUCAUCUGUGAGGCCUGCGCAGGUGCACAUCGAUCCAUGGGCAGCAACAGGUCCAAAGUGCGAGGUCUCAAACUAGAUAAUAAGGUUUGGACAGAGCCUUUAAUUCAGUUGUUUUUGCUGCAUGGCAAUAAAGCUGCCAGCAGCAUUUGGGGUCACAACAUCCCUCCGACGGAGCAGAUUAGCCCUGUCGCCUCUCCAGAUCAGAGAAUGGAGUUUAUCCUCGCCAAAUACCACAAAGGACUCUACCGCAAAGCUCACCCGCUCUCCGCAAACCAGAAACUACUUGACCAGAGGCUGCGUGAGGUGGUUUGUGGUCCUAAUGUGGAGGAGACGCUGUCUCUGCUGUGCUCUGGAGCAAGAGUUUCAUGCAUCAGCACAGAUCCCAAGCUUCAGUCCGCCAUCAGCGUGGCCGAGAGUGCUGGACAGGGCCUGCAAGCUGAAUUACUACGACAAAACGAGUUUGUGGAGGCACCUGACUUUGAGCAAAUGAUACCUGCAGAGGAGCAGAUAGAGGAGCUCCAUGGAAAGCUGGAUGAGGAGCGUUUCUUGUUCUCACAGGAGAAUGAGUCUGCAGCCUGUGAUGUGCUGGAUUUGAAAGAGGUCAUCUCAGUGUUCGACUACUCUGCAGGGCAAACGCAUGAGUUUGAGGUGUUAUCGCUGACAGACAGACUGAUCUGCAGGGCAGACGGACGGGACGCCCUCCUCAAUCACAUGCUGCACAUCAUGAAGAUUGUGCUGGCGGGUGCCGUCGUGGACGAGGAUCUGCUGGGCGUCUGUGCCGUGUCCAGAGUGUCCAUACGGGAGGGCGCAGCGCUGCAGUGUGCUGAAGUGUGGUGCACCCUACAGGACGGAGAGAUGAGCAUUCACUCAACACAAGGCUCCACAGACACAGUGAUUCUGGACAGUCAGACACGCUGCCAUCUGCAGCAGUCAGAGAACUGCAUCCUGCUGGAGCUUCCUGACAGGACGUUACACAUGCAGUUUGAGCUGGAGCACAGCUGUCUGUGGUGGCAUAAGCUCUUGAUGAGGGCCGUGAGCUCGACCACAGACGGACAGAAGCUUGCGGGAUCCGUGCCCUGCUCUAUAGACAGGUGUAUUUCUCACAUCACACAGUAUGGGUUGAAGGUGGAGGGUUUGUAUCGGCGCUGUGGUGUCGCUCUUCAGAUCAGUAAACUUGUCGAAGCUCUGAGCGUUUCUCCCAGAGGAACAGUUCUGGAAACAGACGAGCUCUCCGUCGUGGACAUUUCAGGAGCUCUGAAACAGAUCCUACGGCAGAGUUUUGAGUUAAUACCAAACACACACAAACAGCACUGGCUGAAAGCCGCUGGUCUGUCAAAUGAAAAACAGAGACUGCAGAUGUACCGCAAACUGCUUAAGCAGCUUCCUCCAGACAACCGUGCGACUCUGACCGCUCUGUGUGGACACCUGCAUGUUGUUCAGAUGCACUGUCAGGAGAACCGCAUGACGGCUCAUAAUCUGGCAGUGAUAUUUGUGGUCACGCUGUUCCAGGAGCUCGCCAUGAACGCAGCCUUGGUACAACUCACCAAAGAGCUGAUCGUAUAUCACCCUGAGAUCUUCAUGAAUCGUGUGGAGACAAAAAGAGAAAUCAUCACUGUAUUCUAGAGCUCACCAUUUCUCCUUACGAUCUCAUGGAUGGAAUAACUUCAUCAGCAUUAUGACUGUGUUCCUUUGGCUGCCACAUUACAAAUGACUUUAAUAAGACUAUUAAAAAACAAUUCAUCAAAAAAAUUCAGGAAGGUUAUUCAGGAUGUAGAUGAGUUCUUCAUCAGAAAUGUGUGAUCCCAUCACUUGCUCACCAAUGGAUCCAAUGGGUGCCGUCAGAAUGAGAGCUGAUAAAAACAUCACAAUAAUCCACACCACUCCAGUCCAUCAGUUAACAUCUUCAGACAAAAGCUGUGUGGUGAAUUGCGUGAACUAUUCCUAGUGUUGUUUUUGUCACUAAUACAUUUAAGAAACUCAAUGACUAACAUUGAGGAGAGAGUAUGGAAAAUAAGAUGGAGCAAUAAAACCUCACUUUCAGUGGAUAAAAAAAAUAGCAGAAAAUGCUGGUAAAUCCACUUGCACAUCUACAAACAAAGCGAUGGGCUGCUCAUAUCAUAACAACCAUCUAAACAGAUGGUUAUAAUGAAGUAAAUGCUUAAAGGGACAGUUCACCCACAAAUGUACUCAUCCUCAACUUAUUCCAAACCUGAAUGAGUUUCUUUCUUCUGUUGCACACAGACGAAUAUAUCUUGAAUAUUUUUUUUCCAUACCAUGGAAGUAAAUAGUUACCAGCAACUGUUUUGUUUCACAUUUUAUGUCACAAUAUAUUAACAGCCAUAUUUAAUCAUAUUUAUCAUGCUGCCAGUAAUAGUGUCC